UGUAAACACGGAAGUGACGUUGCUGAGUCUUUCUCAUAUGCGCUAAACUCACAUUUUGUGCUCAUAUGUGCAUAUUUAGGCGUAUAACCUCUCAGGAGUUAAAUGUUGAAGAUAUGUAAACGAGUCCGUGUUGCGGAGAGACGGUCUGAGAAGGACUUUGACUGUUAAAACCUCAUCGCGGCGUCUGAAAUUACUCUGUUAGCCUAGCAUGUGAGAGUGAUGGCAGAUAAAAAUGUGAAAACAUUUCAGUUUGUGAUUGUGGGAGGUGGUAUCGCCGGUGUGACAUGUGUCGAACAGUUGUCGUCCCAGAUUCCGUCAGCAGACGUGGCUCUGAUCACAGCCGGUCCUCACAUCAAGGCAGUAGCCAACUAUAAACAGGUGUCCAGGGCGUUGGAAGAAUUUGAUGUGGAGGAGCGGCCGUCCAGUGUUCUUGAAGAGAAAUUCCCCAACCUGACUGUCAUCCAUUCUCCUGUUAAAUCACUUGACACUGAGUCACAUUCGCUGGAAACAACAGAUGGACAGGUCUUUGGCUAUGAGAAGUUGUGUAUUUGCAGUGGCGGCAGACCCAAACUCCUGACUCAGGACAAUCCCUAUGUGCUCGGGAUACGAGAUACAGAUAGUGCUCAGGAGUUUCAGAAGCGACUGUCCAAAGCAAGGAGAAUUGUUGUUGUUGGAAAUGGAGGGAUUGCUUUGGAGUUAGUGUAUGAGGUGGAAGGCUGUGAGGUGAUCUGGGCAGUGAAGGACAAGGCCAUAGGAAACACAUUUUUCGAUGCUGGAGCGGCACAGUUCCUCAUCCCGUCACUCGAGGCCAGCAAACCAGAGGUUGCGGCUCCGUGUAAGAGGCCUCGCUACACAACAGAGGACAGAGCUGCUGGAUCCUUACACACCUUUACAGCAGAUAGACACUCCCGAGUUCAUGAUGCUGGUCCCCAAGAGUCUGGUAGUGCUCUUGGGCCAGACUGGCAUGAAGGGAUAGUCCUGCGCGGAGCAGAGCAGGUGUCUCGCAGAGUUUCAGUUGAAUACCACUGUGAAGUGGAAAAGAUCUUCACCUCUGAGGAACUUCUCAAUUCUCCAGUGAAAUCUGACUGUGUAGGAUCCUGGCCAGUUUGCAUCCUGCUGACCAAUGGCAAAACAUUUGGCUGCGAUUUCGUUGUCAGCGCCACCGGUGUCGUGCCAAACACCGAGCCAUUUCUCCAUGGCAACACUUUUGCUGUGGCAGACGAUGGUGGCCUGCGAGUUGAUGAUCACAUGAGGACGUCAGAGUCGGACGUGUACGCCGCAGGAGAUGUGUGCACGGCAUGCUGGGAACACAGUCCACUUUGGCAGCAGAUGCGUUUAUGGACGCAGGCCCGUCAGAUGGGCUGGUAUGCAGGCCGCUGCAUGGCUGCGCACGUCCUGUCAGAAAAAAUCGAGCUGGACUUCUGCUUUGAGCUCUUCUCCCAUAUCACCAAAUUCUUCAACUACAAGGUGGUCCUGCUGGGAAAGUUCAACGGACAGGGGCUGGGCUCUGAGCAUGAGCUGCUGGUCCGCUGCACCAAAGGCCAGGAGUAUGUCAAGGUGGUUCUGAGCAACGGGAGAAUGGUCGGGGCCGUGCUGAUUGGAGAAACUGACCUGGAAGAGACUUUUGAAAACCUCAUUCUCAAUCAGAUGGAUCUAACACCAUAUGGAGAGGAUCUCCUCAACCCCAACAUCGACAUCGAAGACUAUUUUGACUGAACGCUGCACACUGAAGAAUCACGCAAAGGAAGAGGCAUGAUGAAACACAGAUAACAAAUCACACCUGGAAAUGUCUAAAGGUCUUGAAAAGUACAGGUGUGUAAAAGAGAGAUCACAAUAAGUGGAAAUACUUUUAUUAUUAAAAAAAUAAAUUAUUUUCAGAAUUUACUGUGCAGAAUGCUAUUUACUGAUUUGCUCCACCUUCACUUUAUCACAAAACUUAGAGCAAUAUUCACAAUUUAAACAUAAAUGUAAUAUUGUGCAUUAAAGGAAGAAAUAUGAUGGUUGACUUAAUCCAUUGUUAUGCAAGAUAAACACAUUUAUGUCAAAGAGUUCAACACAUAAGGUUAAAAAGAAAAAACUUGUUUGUUGCCAUGUUGCCGGAGUAACUCAUGAUCAAAUUUCAACCCAUACAUUGACAGUCGAUCCUUCUUUGUGGCCUGCAUUGUCAGGCAGGCAUUGUAUUCUUUUUUUUUUUUUUUUUUUUAACGAUUCCUAUUCUGAAUGAAUAGGAUCUCUGAAAUGGAAAGGCUUUUAUCAACAGUCAGGCUAAAGAAAACAAUCACUCUUAUGCAUUUGUUCUUUUUUGGUGCCCUGUCGGCUUGUGAUUUGUAGGAUGAGUGAUUUACAAAAAGUCAUCCACCACACAUAAUUUAUAUGCUAAAAGCUAAUGGAACAACUGGGAUUUAUGGUCAUGCUACAUGAUGUAAAAGUCAUUAAGUGACAACUGUAGAAGUAAGUAAUCAAAAUACAAGAACAAAGCUUUCAAUUUAUUGAAAAAGGUUUCAGUGGGCAGCUCGGAAUGGUGCAGUGAUUCCACUGGGAAGAUCUCCCAGGAGUGUGCGUGCGCCUCGGGGAGUUGAGAGCAAGGUGUUGUUUACCUGGUGAGUCAACGCCACCCACAGUAGCACAGGCACCAAAAAGUAAUUCUUUCUUUCUUUCUUUCUUCCAAACUGACACUACUGGAGUUCUCUGAGAUCCCAGGUACAGAGCUCGUG